AUGACAAUUUAUAGUGAAGGAUUGAUAGCUUUGACAAAUAUUGGUAACAUAGUAGCAACAAUCGAAGAUCUUCAAGAUAGAGUAUUUCCAAAUAUCGAAAACCCACCAACUCUUUGUAAUGGAACAAGACUAAUUGUGAAGAAAUUGUUGCCAAAUGUUAUUGAAGCAACCAUAUCUACAGGCCAAUCAGCUGGGAAGGAUGUCUUUAUCCUACGAAUUCCUCAUAUACCAUCAGAUGUCCCAUUCCAGUUUAAAAGAAUUCAAUUUCCAGUUAAACUGAGUUUUGGUAUGAGCAUUAACAAAUCUCAAGGCCAAUCUUUAAAAGUUGUUGAAUGUUAG